AUGAUAAGGAUACUAAUGGUUGUAUUAUUAACGUUUGUUAGGCCUUCCUUAAGCUUAAUUCACUUAAAUCCACUUACUUUUAAACUAUUAACUAAAACUCCAAGUUUGGGAGUGAAUUUGAACUUUUCCUUUAUAUCAACUAGUAAUUCCAAAUUUUUAAAUUUAUACUAUAGAAAUAUUUGUAAUUUAUCUUCCACUUUAAGGGAUUCCAACACAACCACUGAGUUAGAUCCACUUCGUAAAUAUGACCGUAACUCCUGUAAACUAAUUAUUAAAUCGGGGGUUGGAGGCUCCGAGUCCUUCGACUGGUGCAGAAUUCUGACUGAGAUGUACAAAAAGUUCAUAUCGCACUAUGAGCCGCCCGACUCUGACGAUAACUUCCCAUCUUCGCUCAGGUUAAAGGAAGUUGACGUAUGCCCUGGAAGUACAGGCGGGUUUAGAAGGGUUGAGUUUGACGUUAUUGGGGACUAUGCCUACAGACUUUUAAAAGGAGAAAAUGGUACUCACCGACUGAUCAGGAACUCACCCUUCAACUCUGAAAAUAAACGCCAAACCUCCUUUGGCUCAGUUCAGGUGGUUCCAAUCCUCUCUGACACUGACGAGGAAGUCGUUAACUUCAAGAAAAACAGACAGCUUUUAAAGAAGGACUUGAUAAUUGAGUCGAUGAGAAGUAGUGGUAAAGGUGGUCAAAAUGUCAAUAAAGUUGAAACUGCAGGUAAUUUACUAUUUUUAAAAUCUAUUUUUACAAAAUCAACUAUUGAUAUAUUUGUUUUAGUAAGGGUAUAUCAUAAACCUACUGGAUUAUCUGUAAAAGUACAACAAGAACGAACAAAUACUCAAAAUCGAGAAAUCGCUAUUCGAAUGCUGACCAAACUUGUUGAUCAGCAUUAUUUGAAAAAGUUGAAUGAGAAGGUGAAUGAAAUAAAGGGUGAGGAUUUGGUAGGGACUUGGGGGUCUCACAUAAGGACCUACACAUUGAAUCCUGAGCAGAGAGUUAAGGACCACAGAACUAACUUUGAAACUUCUAAAGCCACAAAUGUACUCAAUGGAGACUUACUUCCCUUCAUUCUCACUUAUCUUAAUUCUAACGUAUAA